GUCCUCUCCCCCUCCCACAUCCAGCGCAAUGGCCUCCAAAACCCUCUCCCCAGCUCCGCUCCGCCCUCUACUAUCCCAAUCCUCUCAAAAGUCUCUACAAUGUCUCCGCAAGCGGCCCCUCCAACCCCUCUCGCAUUCUAACGCCAACACGCAACCACAACCUCAACGCCGCCACAUCUCGGCCUAUGGCUACGAACAAGCCAAAGCCCUCACUUUCUCGCAAUACGGCGAGCCCUCGGGUGUCCUCUCUCUCCACAGCCACUCCAUCUCCCCACCACAUGGCAACCUUAUGACGCUGCGGUUCCUGGCCUCGCCUAUUAACCCCGCCGAUAUUAACCAGAUCCAAGGCGUGUACCCGUCAAAGCCCACAUUUACAACCGCGCUAGGAACUGCAGAUCCGAUAGCGGUCGCGGGAAACGAAGGGGUUGCAGAGAUCCUGGCGCUGGGGGAUGCGGCGAAGAAUGAGGGGUUUAAGCGGGGAGAUUGGGUUAUCAUGAAAGGGCCUGGGUUUGGGACUUGGAGGACGCAUGCUAGUGCAACUUCCAAAGAUGUGAUAAAGCUAGGGGAUGAUGCUAGGCGGGGAAUUACGGCUAUUCAAGCGGGCACGGUCAGUAUUAACCCGUGCACAGCAUAUAGGAUGUUAGGCGACUUCGUGAAAUUGGAAGAAGGGGAAUGGGUUAUCCAGAACGGCGCGAAUUCCGGCGUUGGACGCGCAGCGAUCCAGCUUGCGAAGACUUGGGGGUUGAAAACAAUAAAUGUUAUCCGAGCGAGGGAAGACGACAAAGACGCAUUGAAGCAAAAUCUCAUAGAUAUUGGCGCCGACGUCGUAAUCACUGACGCCGAGCUACAAUCGCAGGGUAUCAAGGACAUGGCAGCAGAAUGGACGUCUGGCGGCCGUGAACCCAUCCGGCUGGCUCUCAACUGCGUAAACGGCAAACCAGCAACCGCGAUGGCGAAACUCCUUGCUCCGCACUCGCACUUCGUGACAUAUGGUGCUAUGUCCAAACAACCACUUACUAUCCCAGCUAGCAUGCUCAUCUUCAAGGAUAUCCAUUUCCAUGGGUUUUGGGUGAGUAAGUGGGCAGAGUGGCAUCCCGAGGAGAAGAAGAGAACGGUGGAGCAUGUACUAGAUUUGACGAGGAGAGGGGAGUUUAGAGAUAUGCCGUUUGAGGAGAUUGCGUGGGAGUGGGAGACUAAGGGAGAGGAGUUGAUACAGGCGGUUAAGGGGACGUUGGAGGGUUAUCGGAAGGGCAAGGGUGUGUUUGUUUUUGGGAAGACAUGAGGAGGUGUAGGACAGAGUGGAGGGAUAAGAUGUACCGGGGAGUGAUUUGAUAGUAGAAGCUGGCUUCUGACUUGGUCUGAAAAAUCAAUAAGCACGCACGCACGAUACCACAUAUGCAAGCUCGUCGAGGAUAUAAAUAGCGAAUUCAAUGGGUCGUCCUUAUCA